UUAACGGUCACGUUAGUUAAAAAACAUUCAAAUAUUGUAAUCAAGAUUGCUUUGAAAUGCAAUUUUAAAUAAAGAACAAUCAAUUCUAUAAAAGAAAGCAUGCAUACAAGUAUAUGAUAAUUAAUAAAAACGAUGGAGCCCUCAAAAGAUGCCAUUGCUGUGCGCGUAACUCGUUUAAAUCGUCAAAUAACUGGUAAAGUGAUAAGUGGUACAAAUAGAUUGAGCAGAAAGGUGGACCGAGAAACACUAUUAGAUGGUUUAACUGUUUUGUAUGAUGAAUGCAAUGAAGAUCCAGUCAAAAAAGCAGAUGAUCUUGUUCGUGUUUUCGUCGACAAAUACCGAAGUGCUUUAGCAGAUCUCCGCAGUGCCCGUGUUUGUGUGUCUGAUUUUGAAAUAUUGCAAACUAUUGGAAGAGGACAUUUUGGAGAAGUACACAUGGUACGCGAAAAACAAACAGGGGAUGUCUAUGCAUUAAAAAGUGUUCGUAAGGAGCAAGCAAGGAAAAAAGUUUCAGGAGCAGCUGAUGAGAGAGAUAUUUUAGCUUCAGCAUCAGGCCAAUGGAUUCCAAAACUACAGUAUGCAUUUCAAGACAACAACAACUUGUAUCUUGUUAUGGAAUUAUGCAAUGGGGGAGACUUAGCUGGGUUCAUUUCUCGCUGCAGUCAUCCACUAUCAGAAAGAGAUGCUGCAUUUUAUGUAGUUGAAGUUGCUCAUGCACUCAAAGGGCUGCAUGGUAUGGGCUUUGUUCAUAGAGAUGUUAAGCCAGCCAACAUAUUAAUCGAUAGGUGUGGCCACAUUAAGCUAGGCGACUUUGGAUCUUGUGCGCGUCUGUCUGAAGGUGGCUGUGUAUCGGGAGGUACAGCUGACUACAUAGCUCCGGAGCUACUUGCCGCCGCCGACUGCGCGUCUCACACACACACUGUCUGUCUGCAGUACUGCCACAUUACUACUGCGCUUUCUGCAUGUGAUUAUUGGUCACUCGGGGUGGUAGCAUUUGAACUGGUUACCCUAAGAAGGCCGUUCUCAUCCAGCGACGACGAUUCUGUUGCACAAGUCCUUAGCAAUAUACAGCAAUAUGAACAGGAUUCGAAUCGUGAGCCUCCCUUCGACCCAUUACCAAACAAUCCAUCUACGACGUGGCGGGGCUUAGUGAGUGGCUUACUACGGGUUCAACCCGCGAGACGGUUCAACUACCUUGAUACUUUGCGGCAUCCGGCACUUGGGCAUAUAGCAUUGCACGCUGCUGCUAUACGGGAUCAGGUACCGCCAUGGGUGCCAACUGUACGCGGCCCAGAAGACGCUCGGUAUUUGUCUACGCCGGAAAGACAAAACCAUCCAGUCAGUACAACACCUUUCCGAACAAGACCGCCCUUCGCUGGACAAUUGCCUUUUGUCGGCUACUCGUAUAUUGCACCAGAUGAUAGCGAGGAAACUCUGAGCAGUUUCACGACUUCACACGACAGUACCGCUAUUGAUUUGGCUACGUUCAAAUCGGCAGAAAAGCUGGCAACAAUUCGCGCCAAAGAAAUAGCAUCCCUUCAAACCAAGCUCGCGUCAGCUGAGUGUGCGAUCAGUGAAGCAGUUGAACGCGCACGCAGAGAUACUGAAGAUGAAGCGGAACGUGUUCGUGCACGUCUACAAGCUGAUAUCACUGCACUGUCAUUACAGAACAAACGUUUAGAGCGGCAAAUAGAAGUGGAGAAAGAAGAGCGAAUGGCCCUAGAGCGUACUAACCAAGAACUAUGUUCUGGUGUAAAAGAGCGCAGUAAUGCAGAAAUUAGAGCAGCCAAAGCCCAAGCUAAUGAAUUGCUAAGUGAAAGGAACAUGUUAAAGGAAGACAUGGAACGGCUUGAGGCGAAAGUACAGGAAUUACAGAAUGAAUGCGUAAGCGCAGUCGCCGCGGCGGAUGCGGCUCGAUCGCAGCAUAAACACUAUAAGGAUGUCAUACAAAGCGUGCAAGAGUUGCGCCAUAGGUGGCUUACAGAAAUCAAUGUCAAGCCAAUAGAUACAAUAGCAAAAGAGCGUGCAUUACGUCGUCAAACAAUAAGCGGUAGUGACGUAGAUAGUGCCCGUUUAGUCGCCGCUGAAGCUAAUCUUGCGCGAGAGCAGCGAGCCAAAACAGCACUUGAAGAGCGCCUUGCAACAGCCAAUAGUGACAUAAACGACCUACGAGGGGAAUUAGAAUACGUUCGCGAAUGUCUUGAGCAAUCUCAGAAUUCACAUCGCGAAAAAGAUCGUAUAGCUGCGGCAACCAGACAUGAACUGAAUGAGCUCCAAGUUCAGUACGCGCAAGAGAAAAUGAGAGCCUCUUCAUUUGAAGCACAGGUUCAGGAGUUAGAACGUGGAAUUUCUGAAGCGGCGAAACGCGAGGUAUCGCUAGAAGAACAGAGCAGUAGGACUGAAUCCCGUCUCCAGCAACGACUUGAGGCUGCGGAAACAAAGGCCGCGUGCGCAAUGAACGAAGACGCUAGACAUAGAGAAAAGGUUACAACGCUGGAACAGUUGGUCCGACAACUGGAACGCGAAGUCAGUGCUAUGGAGAAUCGAGCCUGUGUAAGAUGCAUAGCUCAUGCUAAUGAUGUUAAUGCCAAUGCCGCGACCAAUACAUCCGACUGUGACAUUAGAUGUGAUACAAGAAGCGAUACGGAGAGCGUAGUGGAUUGUCAGCUUAAUGUGCAUGUUUCGGUCUUAAAAGAACAGUUGGAAAGGGCUGAAGCGCAAUUACAGGCACGCGCCGAUGAAAUUGCGACUUUACGUCAAGAAGCGAGAAGUGCCAAUCUUGCGAGAUGGAGGAAGGAAAAAGAAUUCAACGAUCUGACUCUAGACGCUAAAGUAACUACGCGUGAUUUAAAACGCGCUGAAGAGCGAAUAGCGACCUUAUCACAAGGGCGCAAAGCUGCUGAAGAACAAGCGGGCAAGCUAGAGAAAGAGAUAGCGAUAUUAAAACCGCAGUACGAGCAAGUGAAACGGGAUAUGGAGAAAUAUAAGGAACAGUUAGAAAAGAUCCAGAAGACUCAUGAUGUACUUCAAGCGGAAGUUGAUAGGUCACGUAAUGAUAUCCGCAAGUUGCGAAGUGAACUACAAUACAGUGAGAAACGAAGAAUGCAUGCUGAAGAGCAAGAAGAAUUAUCAGCUCGAGAGAGGGGCCAGCUUCGUGAUGAACUAUCUCCGUUAAGAGUGCAGAACAAUGAACUAAUUAUGAAUAAUAAGGCUCUGCAAGAAGCAUGUGGUCUAUUGGAGGAGCAGCUUACGGACCUUGAGAAACUCGCCGACUUACAUGAGCUGAAGAACAAGGAUCUCGAGAGUGAGAUGCUACGUAUGCGUACAGAGUUAGAGACGUGUCGUUGUCGCGUAGCUGAGGCUGAACGGCAAAAUGCUGAGAAAGCUCUCACUAUUAGCCUCGCCUCGCAGCGGGAAGACGAAGCCAGGGAACAACUUGAGCAGGCGCACGCGCAAAUAGAUUUCCUAAAGGAUCGUCUAGAAAAUAGAGAAGUGCUAGUAUCUGAACUGGAGUCCCGUGUAGCAGAACUAGAAAGUGCUUGCGCAGGUCAUGAGGCCGCGUUGACGUCAGCCGCUCGUCGUUUGCGCGAUUUGCAAGAAGAGAGUACGGCUCUACGCACACGUGCGCUUAAUGAUCAUGCACGCGCGCUCGCACUACAGGCCAAUCUUGAUGCUGCGCAGGAAGAGGGAAGUGCGGCUCGCGAAGCCCACGAGGCAGCAGGCGCGUGGUGGCGCACCAGAGAGACCAAAGCUGAUGCUACUAUACGGCAGCAGGCCAAGCUUAUUGACUUUUUACAGGCCAAAGUAGAGGAAGCUGGCCGAAAGAAGUGUUCGUUAAGCAACAAACUAUUUGGCCGUUCCGGUCGCCGAACGGCAGCCUCGCCGCCUUUACUCAGAGUUAAUAGAGAACUACGGGAAGAAGUAGAAAGAUUAAGAGCUAAGUUAUCUGCAGCUAAUAUUUCAGCCAAUUUUCCACCCACGCCACGAAGAGAGAGAUCUGAAAUUAAACCAAAGAUAAUUGCAAAUGCAACAAUGAGUUUUGAUCUGAAUCAUGAGUCUGAUCCACCUGAAAAGGAUUCGCUGCUUGUUAUAUGGAAUGACGGAAGUCGCGAACGCAUGAUCGCUCGAUACUGUGAUACCGCGCUCGUACUCACCAACGGUCAGAGAGAGUUGCGGGCGCAUCUUCACGCUACGGACGCACUUGACUUGCCGCACAAUGAGGCUAACAGAGCGUUUACUCUACGCCUAGAGCACGCAGUAGCGGGCGGGGAUACAUGUACAGUGGUGUGUACAAGUAUACCGGAGCGAAAUGAGUGGGUGUCACGCCUGACGUCUCCAGUAGUACAUUCGGGGUAUGCGCCUGCGUCACUUGCGGACAUGGAUAUUGCCCCAACUUCUGCGCUCUAUGUCGCGCCUAAUGUGAUUGCUAUUGGACACUCAAAAGGCCUGCGCUCUCUUCGCGGACCAGUACGUAUAGAGUGGGAGGGAGAAAGCGCUAUUGAACACGUAUCCUGUCUCGCUCAAUGCAGUGGACGGGCGAUACUCGUUUGCGGUGAAUGUGUUGUACACGCGGGAUUAUUGAGUGUGGGCUCGGCAUUACGAAGAGCGAGCACUCUUAGACCAAGCUUGACUGUGAAGCGUAUGAAGAUUGAUGGCAGGCCGCAUCUUAUACAAACAAUCUCAGGAGACGUAGCUAGUGAAAUCUGCGUGGCGAUAGCGUGUGGUAGACGCGUAUUCCUUCUCAGAUACGAAGCUUCAGAAGCCGAGUUCAAAGUUAUCCGCUCUCUGACAAUAGAUCGUCCCGCAGAGUCGAUACUUCUAACCUCGAGAACAGUUUACAUCGCCGGCGAAAAGCCUCUCAAACUCAAACUACCCGCAUGCGCGCUAGAAACCUUUGCCAUGGACGAUCUUACAGUUUCUGCGGCGGCAAAGAAACAUCUACCACCCAAAGCGAUAAUACUAAUCAAGGAGAACCCAGUGGAAAUACUACUGUGUUACGCAGAGUGCGGUGUCUUCGUGGAUGAGAACGGCAGAAGGUCUCGCAACGAGGAGCCAAAGUGGAGUCCCGCAAUCCGAAGCUGGGAGUUCAUCAGUCCAUUCCUAUAUGCAGUGGGAGAAGACAGAGUCACCAUAAUAUACCUAACUGAAGAAGCAUACAAAGCCCCGCCUUGCACCUGUGAUACCACAUCCAUUGCAUCUUCUGGAUCUUCUUGCUAUGCACCAGAAAUAUUCAACUACAAAGUCAAAGAACCAAUGCUUAUUGGGAGAGCUCCUAACGGAAUAAUAAUAAGUUCCAAAACGGAUAGUGGAUACCAAGUAUCAAUAGUGGAAGGGAUGGCUGCCUUUAAAAGUAUUGGAGCUUCGCUCGAGUCCUUAGCGACCAUUUCGAAAGGAUCCACGAACGACUUAACGCAAUCCUUAAACGAUCUCUGCCCUCAAAAUGAUUCGCAAGAAAGUGUAGAACUGACCACAGGAUUUCUGGCCGAUAUUAGGAAUAGGGCGAAGCAGUUGCGCAAUAAAAAUAGACUGGAUAUGCAAUCUAUGCAGGCGUCUGACGAUAUUAUUAAAGAGAUUUUAACAACUGAAGUUGGAGUUCGGCGACCCUCGAAUGGAAGGAGAUCGCCUGUUAUUUCAGAGUUCGACUCUGACACGGAGACUGAGAGCGAGGGCGGGACUGGGACUGGGACUACUAAGUGCACGGCUGAUGUAUGUGGAGAGAUUUUCGCGAGACAAGUGCGAUUUCAUUAAGAGGAUAUGAUAUGCACAAUUAAAUUGCUUGAGUAAACAAUUCUGAGGUAUUGACGUGGUGAUCAGGAUAACUCUAAAAUCUUCUUCUGUUUAUCCGGUACACUCUUGACAGAGCGGUCGUGAUCGCUAUAUAGUAGUGGUAAUCAAAGGGGUAGAUGUGAUGCGCUUCACGACGUUUCGCCAUCGUUCCCUAUUAGAGGUCAUCCUGCUACACUCAUUGAGUGUACUCACUCUACGACUACGGCAGACUUGAUCUGGUCACACCAACGCGUAGGUUGAAAUGCCACUUCUAAAAUUGCGUAUAAUUUAAACAUCUCUUAACUUCUGAUACUAGCUAAAUAGUCUUUGAGCGGCGUUUAUAGGUAAAGGGGAUAUUAAUGUAGAUAUCCAAUUUAGUCAUUUUAUACUUACCACACGUAUUUAUUGAUGUUGUAGAGUUAAGUUUUAACUGCUUGAAAUAAUUGUACUUAUGAUUUAUUUUAAUGGUAGUUGCAUAUAUUUUUGGAAAGAAAUUUUCUUAGUUUUGUUUAGAUUUAAUUUAUUAAUUAGUUUAACCAUUGCUUGCCUAAACCGCAAA